UUCUUUAGGAAUACUAUAAAGAUCUCCUUUCCUUCGCUUGCCUUCCUAUAUAAAGAAAAAUAUCCAGAGGAUAUAUAGAGAUCGGUGAUCGGAAAUGGAGUUGGGAAGAGGAGAGAUGCUAGUGGCCUUCUUCUCCAUGGCCUUGUGGAUUGGUGGCGUGACGAGAGCAGAGGCUCAGCUCAAGGUCGGAUUCUACUCUCAAAGCUGCCCUCACGCCGAGGCCAUUGUCAAAGAGGAGAUCGAGAAGGCCCUCGGAGACGACGAAGGCGUCGGCGCCGACCUGAUCAGAAUGCACUUCCAUGAUUGCUUCGUCAGGGGUUGCGAUGGUUCGAUUUUGCUGGAUUCCACCAACAGUAGCAAAGCCGAGAAGGACGCGGAGAUCAACCUCACGCUCGAAGGAUUCGACAUUAUCGACGCCGUGAAGGAGAAGCUGGAAGCCGCCUGCAGGGGAGUUGUCUCCUGCGCCGAUCUCCUCGCCUUCGCUGCCAGAGACGCCGUCGUUCAUUACGGAGGAAUUCAGUACGAGGUGCCGUCGGGGAGAAGGGACGGGAAGAUCUCCGUUGCCACCGACGCUGACAUCCUCCCUUCGCCGGACUCUGAGCUCGCCGCGCUCACCCACUUGUUCGUCUCCAAAGGGUUGAGUCAGGCCGACAUGAUCGUCCUGUCGGGGGCCCACACCGUGGGCAUUGCGCACUGCGACGCCUUCUCCGAGCGGCUGUACUCGGCAUCCCCGGCGCUGGAGGUGGAGUACGCGUCGGAGCUGAGGAAGCAGUGCCCGCGGGGGAGCAACAAUACCGCACCGAUGGACCCGCAGUCGCCGCACAAGUUUGACAACCGCUACUACCAACUCGUGCUCGGCGACCGCGCGCUGUUCACCUCCGACUACGCGCUGCUGUCCACGCAAGGCACGGCGGCGCAGGUGAAGAACCUCGCCGGCGACUACUGGGGCUUCCAGAGUAAGUUCGCCGCCGCCAUCGUGAAGAUGGGCGCCAUCGGCGUCCUCGCUGGCUACGACGGUGAGGUUCGGGCCAACUGCCGAGUCGCCAACUGAGCAAUUAAUGUGCUGUAAUACAUUGAUUUGCGUAUGUGAUCGGUUCUCUGGUUACGUCGUCGUCUCUCAAAUUGUAAUAUUGUGUCGUUUUAUCUCGUGAUUUAAGAACGUCAAAUGAUUGUUGUUGUUGUUUUUUUUUUAAAUUAAAGAAAUAUUAUUUUCACAAGUUGCUAUAUAUUGUAACAGUUCUUAUAAUAGACAAAAUCAUAAGUGUACAACUCUCGUCAAAUAAUAAAAAAAUAAGAGUU